AUGAGGGAAGUUUUGUCAGUCCAGCCCGCGAUCAAAAGGGGCAAGACUGAGGAGAAAGAUGUGAUUAGCUUCUCAUCUAGGGACCUUGAACGCAUUCAAAUGCCGCACAACGAUGCCCUAGUGGUCACCCUUCGCGUCAGGGACUUUGAUGUCAAGCGUAUCUUGAUCGACCAAGGUAGCUCGCUUGAGAUCAUGUACUACGACGCCUUCAAGCAGCUCAAACUCCGGGAUACGGACUUGGCUAUGGCAACUCUGCCACUAGUUGGUUUUAACUCACAACCAGAGUGGCCGAUGGGAAAGAUAAUCUUACCAGUCAAAGCCGGAUCCGUGGUCAAGCAGGUGGAGUUCUGGGUAUUAAAGGUGCCGUCUGCAUACAAUUUGAUCUUAGGUAGGGGAUGGCUUCACGCUAUGCAGGCAGUAGCGUCAACCUACCACCAAGUUCCCCUCGGCUAUAGGGGAAGUUGA